AUGAUUGAUAGCUACAGAGAAAGAAGCACUGAAAAGGGGCAAAACAAAGGCACACUUGGCCUCUCAUUAGGGCGAAAGAAAGAAGGGCUACAGCGAACGAGGUAGCAAAAGAUUUCUCCUCUUUACUCCGUCGUAUCGAUCCCCGACCGCUGGAAACUCCCACGAGGUCAUCCGAUUCGAAUUGGACUGAUUGAGUUGCCCCGAUCGCUUAUGUUGCGGGAGUAGUGGGCCGAUCCUGCCGGAAUUCUGGUCAGAAGAUGAAGGGCAAUGGGGCCGAGGGCGCUGGGCCGCCGGCGGAGUCGUCCUGCCCGCCGCCGCUGGAGUGGAAGUUUUCGCAGGUGUUCGGGGAGCGGAUAGCGGGGGAGGAGGUGCAGGAAGUUGAUAUUAUCUCGGCCAUUGAAUUUGAUAAAUCUGGAGACCAUCUUGCCACUGGAGAUCGAGGAGGACGUGUUGUUUUAUUUGAAAGGACAGAUGUUAAGAAUUAUGGCUCCCGAAAGGACAUGGAGAAACAAGAUCAUUCAAUUAGUAGGCACCCUGAGUUUCGCUACAAAACUGAGUUUCAAAGCCAUGAACCUGAGUUUGACUAUCUUAAAAGCUUGGAAAUAGAGGAGAAGAUCAAUAAAAUCAAAUGGUGUCAAACAGCCAAUCAUGCUCUUUUUCUUCUUUCUACUAAUGACAAGACAAUUAAAUACUGGAAGGUGGAAGAAAAAAAAGUCAAGAAGAUUUCUGAGAUGAAUGUGGAUGCUUUUCAAGCUGUAGGAAAUGGCAGCAUUUCUAGCUCAAGCAUGACUAGUCCUAUAGGAUAUCUUCCAAAUGGCGGAUGUUCUGAAAGACCGUACGGUCACUUUAGCUAUGACUUAUCGUUUCCUCCUGGAGGGUUUCCAUCCCUACGUCUGCCAGUGGUAGUGACAAGUCAAGAGACAAGUCUCAUUGCUAGAUGUAGAAGGAUAUAUUCUCAUGCUCAUGAUUACCACAUAAACUCCAUUUCAAAUAACAGUGAUGGUGAGACGUUCAUAUCAGCAGAUGAUCUGCGAAUAAAUCUUUGGAAUUUGGAAAUCAGUAAUCAAAGCUUUAAUAUUGUUGAUGUGAAGCCUGCAAAUAUGGAGGAUUUAACUGAGGUUAUAACAUCAGCUGAGUUCCAUCCAACCCAUUGUAAUAUGCUGGCAUAUAGUAGCUCAAAGGGCUCAAUCCGGCUUAUAGACCUGCGACAGUCGGCAUUAUGUGAUAACCAUUCUAAGAUGUUCGAAGAACGAGAGGCACCUGGUUCAAGAUCUUUUUUCACGGAGAUCAUUGCCUCGAUUUCAGAUAUUAAAUUUGCAAGGGAUGGAAGGCACAUCCUUAGUCGUGACUAUAUGACUCUUAAGCUAUGGGACAUAAACAUGGACUCAAGUCCUGUUGCAAUUUUUCAGGUCCAUGAGUAUUUAAGGCCUAAGUUAUGUGAUUUAUAUGAGAAUGAUUCAAUAUUUGACAAAUUUGAUUGCUGCCUAAGUGGAGAUGGGAUGCAUGUGGCAACUGGUUCUUACAGCAAUCUUUUUCGUGUAUUUGGCUGUAUUCCUGGAUGCAAUGAAGCAACUACUUUGGAAGCCAGUAAAAAUCCGUUGAGGCGACAAGUGCAAAUCCCGUCGAGGCCUGCAAGAUCGCUGAACAGCUUUAGACAAGGAGCAGAAAGCCCAGGAAUCGAUAUGAAUGGAAAUUCAUAUGAUUUUACAACAAAAUUGCUCCAUUUAGCAUGGCACCCAAGUGAAAAUUCAGUUGCCUGUGCUGCUAUGAACAGUUUGUACAUGUACUAUGCAUGAAGAUAGCAGUGGAAGGGGAAGGUCUCAUUUUGCUAAUCAUUUUAAUUUUUGGUUUGCUUCUGAUGGCUAUUAGCUUUUGACAUACAAUGCGAAAGGUGAAGGAAGAUGUGUUGGUUAACUUUUGCACAUAUCAGGGCCAGAAAAUGCGACUCAAUUACUGAGGCCACGACUGUCUUACAUUGCAGGAGCAGCUUCUUCUGAUUAUUAUUAUUUUUUUCGAAAAAAAAAGAUUGAAAUUAUUUUUUUUAUCAUGUCCUGGUUCAAGCUCCCAGUAAAUGUAGCUCCCUCCAUCGCAGCUAAUAUUGAAGGCAUUUCCAUGUCCCAAUCUCCGAAGGUCUAUUACAGCAUUUGCCAUGAAAUUAAAAGUGCAUGGGUGCUUGUACUUCUGGACUUGUAUGUUGAAGCUUGUGAAAGUUCUUAUCAUGAUUCUUGUCCACAUCUAUAUUGUCACCUAGAUGUCUCAGCUGCUUCUUGAUAUUUGGAUUGUAAUAUCUUUGCAAUUUAGGAAUUGUUUAGAAGACUCAAUAUCAAUCUUUAUUGAUAUUGAAUUUAUUAAGAUGUCAAAUAAGUGGGCCUUGAUGCCUUAUGUUG